AUGCGUUUUACUCUCCUCGCCCUCCUCGCCGGUUCCGUCCGCGCAGGAACUAUCGUCUGGGAUGGCCGUUUCAAUGACAUGAGCUCGAGUGCCGAUCUCAACACUUGGUCAUGGAGCAACCAAGUCGGGCCAUAUCAAUAUUACAUUCACGGCUCCGGCGCAGUAUCAAAAUAUGUAAACCUAUCACCGGAUUACAAGAACCCCGCAGACGGCGGCUCUAAACAAGGUGCCAAAUUCACACUUGAUAGCACAGCCUACUGGAAUGGCCAAAACAUGCGCCGUACGGAACUCAUCCCACAAACAAAGGCUGCCAUCGCCAGCGGAAAGCUGUUCUAUCAUUUCAGCAUCAAGCGCUCAAACACCAAUGCUCCUUCAAUCUACCGCGAGCACCAGAUUUGCUUCUUUGAAAGCCAUUUUGUGGAGCUGAAGAGUGGGUGGAUCUCGGGAGCAUCCGGAAACAGUGAUACGAACUUGAGAUUCUAUGUUGGUGGACAGAGCAAGUGGAACACGGUUUGGGAUGCGGAUGUUUGGCAUAACGUUGCUUAUGAGAUUGACUUCUCCGGCAACAAGGUAGGCUUCUGGCACUCCACCGGCUCCGACCCCCUUGUGCAAACCGUUGCCCCGGUCAGUGCAUCCACCUCUUCGAACGGCCAAGACUGGCAUCUCGGUGUCCUUGAGCUCCCCGUCAGUGGCCGAUCCGACUCCGACGAGGACUUCUACUUCUCCGGUGUUUACAUCGAGAGCGGUUCCAUCACCACAUCUGUUGCUGGACCUGGCGGUGCCGUUGUAGGCCAACCCAGUGGAAUGGUCACCAGCACCAAGGUUGCAACCCCAACCAAUGCACCUGUUGAGACGAAUGUUACACCAACACCAGCUGGCACUUUGGCACAGUAUGUGCAGUGUGGAGGUGCGCAGUGGACAGGGUCUGGAACUUGUGUUGAGGGAACGAAGUGUGUUGUCACAAACGAGUACUACUCUCAGUGUUUGUAG